GCAGAGACAGAGGAGGGGGUAAGAGGCCGUGAGAAGAGGCAGCCGAUAAGAGUAGCUGUAAAACUACAGACGCAGAGGAAAGUUUCUCUAUGUCUCCAAGCUGCUGACUUUUCUCCCUCUCCUGUCCUCUCCUCUCCACCUCCUCUUCGAUGGUGGGCAGGAACAUUCCUACAUUGCACAAGCUCCAAAAGAAGGCUCGGCAGGGAGAUCUCGUCUUCGCCGCCGGCAGCAGCAGCCCCCCCAGACCCUGCCGGAGCCCAGCUCGGAGCAGCCCUGCUGUUAGCCAUGAAUGCCUCCUGCUGCCUGCUCCCCACUCAGCCCACGCUGCCCAACAGCUCGGAGCACCCCGAAGCCCCUUCGUUCAGCAACCAGAGCAGCAGCGCGUUCUGUGAGCAGGUCUUCAUCAAGCCCGAGGUCUUCCUGGCUCUGGGCCUCGUCAGCCUGCUGGAGAACGUCCUGGUCAUCAUGGCCGUGGUCAGGAAUGGCAACCUACACUCGCCCAUGUACUUCUUCCUGUGCAGCCUGGCGGUGGCCGACAUGCUGGUGAGCGUGUCCAACGCCCUGGAGACCAUCAUGAUCGCCGUGGUGCACAGCGAUUACCUGAGGCUGGAGGACCAGUUCAUCCAGCACAUGGACAACGUCUUCGACUCCAUGAUCUGCAUCUCCCUGGUGGCCUCCAUCUGCAACCUGCUGGCCAUCGCCGUGGACAGGUACGUCACCAUCUUCUACGCGCUGCGCUACCACAGCAUCAUGACGGCGCGGAAGGCGCUCACGCUCAUCGCCGCCAUCUGGCUCUGCUGCGGCGUCUGCGGCGUGGUAUUCAUCGUCUACUCCGAGAGCAAGAUGGUCAUCGUGUGCCUCAUCACCAUGUUCUUCGCCAUGCUGCUGCUCAUGGGUACACUCUACGUGCACAUGUUCCUGUUCGCCCGGCUGCACGUGCAGCGCAUCGCAGCUCUGCCUCCUGCCGACGGGGCAGCCCCGCAGCAGCACUCGUGCAUGAAGGGGGCCGUCACCAUCACCAUCCUGCUGGGGGUGUUCGUCUGCUGCUGGGCCCCCUUCUUCCUCCACCUGGUCCUCAUCAUCACCUGCCCCACCAACCCCUACUGCAUCUGCUAUGCCGCCCACUUCAACACCUAUCUGGUGCUCAUCAUGUGUAACUCCGUCAUCGACCCGCUCAUCUACGCCUUCCGGAGCCUGGAGCUGCGGAACACCUUCCGGGAGAUUCUCUGCAGCUGCAACGGCGGGAGCCUGGGCUAGGACGGCAGGGCCGCCAAGCGCAGCGGGCCUUCCAAGCAGCCAAGAUGGUUAGAAAAAGAAGAGGAGGAAAAGGUACUUAGAAGAUACAAAGAUGUGCUAACAGACUCUUUGAAAGGAUCCCAAAGUGGGUAAGUCACAAACUCCCAUUUCCCAAAUAGUCACCGGGAGGAAUCAGUGGGGGCUCCCCUGGGUGCUGCGUUCACCCCUUUCCACACAUCAGGGUCUGUAACGCUGCCUGCUGGGUCCCUGGCCAAAGCAGACUCAUGAACAGCAAGGGUGAUUCAUGUCCUCGUAACCAGCCCUGUGACAGCAGCAACCUCCAGCUGUCAGCGACAGGGAGCUUUGCCCUUAGUCCAUGAGCCCGAGUUUCCACUCGAUUACCCUAUUGACAGGGAAGCAGUCACCUAAAAACGAUGACCUCUUCGUGAAAGAAGCAACGCCGUGCUGUGUUCCCCUCCUCUUCUCAUCCCCCGUUUCUAGUUUUGCUGUUGUGGUGAUGUCUGCUGUGGCUGAGCUUUUUUUAUACAUUGUAUCUAAAGCAGCCUUCAAAAUUCUAGCAAAGGAGGGAUAAGAUACUUAGAACAAUCAGAAUAUACUUGUGUACUUAAUUAAUGCCUUGCUAUUUUAAAGUAUAAAUUACUCCUUUUAAAAAAUCCUUUUUUCUGUUAUUCCUUCUCUUCUUUUAAAACAAGGGAGAGAACUGUAGGUGGGAGGGGAUGCCACAUAUGUGAUAAAUUGCUUUCCUACAGUUUCCCAUAGUUUGAGGAACUGUGGGACUGCCACACGGCUCUCUUGGGAGACCUUCUGCUUCUCUGUCACAUGAAAUUGUCUGUGAAGAGCAUGUUUGGGGUUCCUGGCUCCUUUUGCUCGACCUGGUGUUGAAGGCAGGUGACUCUGUUAUCAGCAUCUGUUACCUUGCUAAGUGCGGCAAUUCAUUCCUAGAAGUGCAAGGCCAGAGCCAUUGACCAGCGCUGGCAUGGCAGGUCCUCUCCUGCCCCAGAGAACUUCAGCCUGUUUGCUAUCUGUCCUCUCUCACCUCACCCCUCUUAGGAAUUCAUGUAUUAAAGCUGAGUCUUGGAGUGCAAUUGUGUUGUUUUUUCCUGUGCUAGAAUAUAUCCAGGGUUGUUUUGUGUUUUGGAGAUUUUCUGCUAAUAUAAGCAAAAUCAUUUGUUUCUUGCUUUGACUGUGAU